AUGGAUACAGUGAAAAUAGGUUUUCUAGUGUUUUCCGAUGACGUCAGUUUUAUGUUAAAGUCGUCUGUCAACGUGUACUGGAAAAUAACUUGGGCAUUUAUAGCGCCACCUGCAUUGAUUGCAAUUUUAGUUCUACGUCACUUGGGCAACAGUGACCUUCCAAAUGACAUGUGGACAACGUGGAGCACGGUAGUCUACUGGAUGUUAUCAGCAUUAGUACUCAUACAGAUUCCUAUCUGGGCAGUGAUCAAGAUAGUCAGGUCUGACGAGUAUGGCUUAAAAAGACGACUACAGUAUCAACUAAAACCUGAGCUGGAAUGGGGCCCCGAACUGUCCGAACGACUGCACUGGCUCAACUACCGUGACGCGCGCCGCUCCACUCCGCGUGUACAAAACUCUGGUAACUACAACCUUGCAUUCUCAUAUGAUAUGUGACGUCACUAUAACAUUGUGUACGUGGGCACGGAAGGCGAAGAAAACAAGAAGCUUCGCGAAUCGCCGCUCGAAAAGGUGAAAUAUGCAAUAAUGUGUGUUUGAGGCUAUCUCUAUCAGGAGAAGACUGCAAGUGAAUGUUUCUAAAUAUGUUACAAACCACCGCCAUCGUUUCCUUGUUCAGUGUCAAGCGUUUCGGGCUUCGUAUCGGAAGGUCUGAGGUUCGAGCUGCUAAAUCCACUUUCAGCUGUGAAAGUAUUAUAACAGUGACAGUUAAUUCCGUCGUUCGGUUACUAAUAGCCGUAUAGGCGGCGAGUGCUGGUAACACUGAAUUAAAAUAUUCAAUAUUACCUAAUUUGGCCAAAGGUGUUAUUAUAUUCCUUCUGCUGCUUCUGUUCGAACAAGAAGUCAUGAGAUUUUUUAAAAACUGUGACCGGUGGUUGCUCUGAAAUUUUCUUCACUUUUAAAGCAUAAUAAUGAUAAAUAAAAAACCACAUUUGCUCAUGAAACAAGAAUGUUGUCGAGAGCUCCAUCUUUACUUUUAAAUCACAAAGUGUAGAAAACAUUUAUUAAAAGUAUUAACUUUUAGAACUGGGAACGAAUUCGAAGUUUAAUCAUACUUUCUACUUGUUGCUUGUAAAAAGAACACUCCGCCAACUGACGUGAGUUAAGGGAUUUUAAUUAGGUUUAGUAUGAUUACAUUGUUUAUUUAUUACAGGUUUGUAUUUUGAUGAUAAAUUGAUGUCGGAAUGACGGUACCCAUUUACAUGACGUCACAGUUUAAUUCUUAGUGGGGAUGCACGGGUAGUAAAAAAGUGGCCGAAUACCGGGUUCGGGUAUCCGGUCACUAAGCUUCGGCCGGGUGGUAACCGGGACCGAGUUCUCCCAUGCCCCCCCCCUCCCAAAACAACAACGACAA